GAAAUGCCACUGAAUGUAAUUACAUUUUACUUCCUCAUCAUCUUCCUCUCCUUCUUCCUCCUUGUUUUGCUUCUAAGAAAUUAAAAGAAAAUGUCUAAGUUUGCCUUAGCAAUCUUUCUUGAAUUUUGUUUUUUUGCUAUCAGUGUCAAAGCAUUUACUGCUUCUGGAUGGACUAAAGCUCAUGCCACUUUCUAUGGAGGUAGUGACGCCUCAGGAACAAUGGGGGGAGCUUGUGGGUAUGGCAACUUGUAUUCAACUGGGUAUGGAACCAGCACUGCAGCUUUGAGUACUGCACUGUUCAAUGAUGGAGCUUCAUGCGGGCAAUGCUACAAGAUCAUGUGUGAUUAUGAAACAGACUCGAGAUGGUGCAUUAAAGGAAGUUCCGUUACCAUCACCGGCACAAACUUCUGCCCUCCAAACUAUGCUCUUCCCAAUAACGCUGGCGGCUGGUGCAAUCCUCCCCUCCAGCACUUUGACAUGGCUCAGCCUGCCUGGGAAAAAAUUGGGAUUUACAGAGGGGGAAUCAUCCCCGUUAUGUACCAAAGGGUUCCAUGCAACAAGGAUGGUGGAGUAAGAUUCACCAUCAAUGGAAGAGCCUAUUUUGAGCUUGUUUUGAUUAGCAAUGUGGCUAAUGCUGGUUCUAUCCAAUCUGUAUCCAUCAAGGGCUCUAAAACAAGCUGGAUGGUGAUGUCAAGAAACUGGGGAGCAAACUGGCAAUCCAAUGCCUAUCUCAAUGGCCAAUCUUUGUCCUUCAGAGUUACCACCACCGAUGGAGAGACUCGGGAUUUCCUGGACGUAGCCCCGGCAAAUUGGGCAUUCGGCCAGACCUACUCCAGCAAAACACAAUUCUAAAAGUUGCUACUCUAUCAGCUUAAAGGUUCAGGGUUCCGGAUUUCAAAUUUGAACUGGCAGAGGCGUGCUUGUUAUUUUGUAGAGCUGCCCGCCGUAUGCAAUGUUAAGUUCAGAUUUUCCAAAAUCAGGUGGUUUUCUCUAAUUUUGGUUAGGACUUAAGAUCAUGGGACUGAACCCUUGAACUCAAGGCUGCUGGAGAGAACACUUUUGUACUGUUUCUUGAGCUGGAAAAGGGCGAAGAUAUACAAAAUCUGGUUAGUAUUGAAAAUGUUAGGAUCAAUAAGAAGCGCAGAAAAUUGGCAGUUUCAGGAUUUGUAGAUUUUAAUUUACCAAAUUUUAUGCUUUGUAAAAGUAAAUGUUAUUAUCUAACUGUUGUAUCAUUUGAAGGUAAUAAAAUGGUAUAUAGACA